UUCAAGCAGGGAGAUAUAAUGAUCGGGGGGAUUUUCCCGGUUUUCAACAAAGAGAUCAGCAGUACAUAUACGUUUGAAAAGGAGCCACCUGCAGUGAAGUGUUCUGGAUUUGACCUGCGUGCUUUCCGAUGGACCCAAGUGAUGAUAUUUGCAAUUGAAGAAAUUAACAAAGAACCUGCUCUCCUACCAAACUUCACUCUUGGCUACAGAAUCCUUAACUCUUGUGCAUCUCCCACAAACACUUUACGUGCUGCUCUAACACUGGCCAGCGGAGCCGAGGAGAUGGACUCAACCCCUGCUUGUCCUCCGGCUGUAUCUGCUCUCAUAGCAGAGUCAGGAUCGUCUCAGUCCUUAGCUGUGGCUGGAACUCUCGGACCAUUUCAAGUGCCAAUAGUGAGUUACUUCUCGACAUGUGCCUGCCUGAGUGAUAGAACUAAAUACCCUACGUUUUUCCGGACGAUCCCCAGUGACUACUUCCAGGCCAAAGCCUUGGCAGCUCUGGUCAAACGUUUUGGCUGGCAGUGGAUUGGCGCCAUACAGUCAGAUAAUGCCUAUGGCCGGAAUGGGAUCCUGGCUUUCACUGAGGAGGUUAGGAAGCUGGGGGUUUGUGUUGCAUUUGUCGGGAAAAUUCUACGCACGUACACUAUGGAUAAGAUUCUGGAUGUUGUGGAAAUGAUCAAGCAGUCAACAGUCAAAGUCAUUCUGGCUUUUGUUCCUGAGGGGGACUUUUAUCCACUGAUGAAAGAGGUAGUGAAACAGAAUAUCACUGGAAUUCAGUGGAUCGCUAGUGAGGCCUGGAUAACGGCAGCGCGACCCUCCACGCCUGAUAUCUACCAAGCUUUCGGUGGAGCCCUGGGAUUUGUGGUGCAUAAGAUGGCCAUCCCUGAUCUUAAAUCGUUUCUCACAGGCAUCAGCCCUCACGCAGACCCAAGUGCUGCCUUCGUGAGGAAUUUCUGGGAGGUUAUGGUGGGCUGUCGACCCGUUACACCCGGUGAACACACAGGAUCCGAGGAAACAAAUGAAAAAUGCAAAGGCAACGAGACAUUAUUAUAUUCCCAGCAUGAAUUCUUUAAUGUCACACAGCUCAGAGUGUCCUAUAAUGUGUAUAAAGCAGUCUAUGCCAUUGCACAUGCCCUGCAUGAGCUGGUGUUCUGCCAACCAGCUGAUAAACCAGGAGGAAAACCAGUGAUGCCGUGUUUGAAUGUGUCAGAAAUUCAGCCCAAACAGGUCACUGAUCACCUUCAGAUAGUCCAUUUCAGAAAUCGGUUCGGGGACGAUGUGUUCUUCGAUGACAACGGAGACCCUCCGGCUUCUUAUGAAUUAAUCAACUGGCAGCUGAGAGACGGGCACGUGCAACAUGUGACAGUGGGUCAUUUUGUAUCUGCUGCCAAGGGUGAUUAUAAGCUCAGCGUCCAGGAGGAAGAGAUAGUGUGGAGGAUAGGGGAAAAGGUUCCCACAUCAGUGUGCUCUAAUAUCUGUCCAGUGGGAACGAGGAGAGCUCAAAUUAAAGGAAAACCAUCCUGCUGCUUUGAUUGUCUCCCCUGUGCCGAUGGAACUAUAGCCAACUCAACAGGUGCGGUAGACUGCACUCAGUGUCCACAGGACUUCUGGUCCAGCGACGGGAAAGACAUAUGCAUUCCCAAAACAGUUGAAUUCCUGACGUAUCAGGAGCCGUUGGGAAUAGCUAUCACAGUCGUAUCGCUGCUGGGAGCCUCCCUGUCUCUGGCCACCAUGGUGGUUUUCAUCCAGUACAGAGAAACCCCGGUGAUAAAGGCCAGCAACGCUGAGCUGAGCUGCUUGCUGCUUUUUUCUCUUUUCUUGUGUUUCCUUUGUCCCCUCACUUUCAUCGGCCGGCCCACAGUCUGGACAUGCAUGCUUCGCCACACAGCUUUCGGUGUGACGUUUGCGCUCUGCAUUUCCUGCGUCUUAGGAAAAACAAUUGUCGUAGUCACGGCUUUCAAAGCAACGUUUCCUGGCAACAAAGUAGCGGGAAAGUUCGGUCCUGCGCAGCAAAGAAUCAUAGUCUGCUCCUGCACUUCGAUUCAGAUUUUGAUUUGUAUACUGUGGCUUAAACUAAAUCCCCCUUUCCCAGACAUGGUUUUCAGAUACAGCAAUAAGAAGAUUGUUUUGGAGUGUAACACAGGCUCUGAAGCUGCUUUCUAUGCAGUGCUGGGCUAUAUUGGGUUCCUCGCUAUAAUUUGUUUGGUCCUGGCAUUUCUUGCCAGAAAGUUACCCGACAACUUCAAUGAAGCCAAAUUCAUCACCUUCAGCAUGUUGAUAUUUUGUGCGGUCUGGAUCACCUUCAUCCCAGCAUAUGUCAGCUCCCCUGGGAAGUUCACUGUAGCUGUGGAAACUUUUGCAAUUUUGUCUUCAGCAUUUGGAUUAUUAAUUUGUAUCUUUGCACUGAAAUGCUACAUAAUAUUGAUCAAACCAGAGAAAAACACCAAGAAACAUGUCAUGACAAAAAAUCUGAAUUAG